AUGCUUUUUUUUACAUUUUUUCAACAGUUAGCUGAGAAAAAUCAUCACGUAACAGUAGAAUUAAAAAAUGAUUUACAAAUAUCGGGUGUGUUACAUUCAGUAGAUCAAUACUUAAACAUUAAGUUAACAAAUGUGUCUGUCAACAAUCCGGAGAAAUACCCUCACUUGCUAUCGAUUAAAUCUUGUUUUGUGCGAGGAUCAGUAGUAAGGUACGUUUUUUUGCAGUCAAAUGAAAUUAACAUUGACAAGCUACAUCAUAUGUGCAGACAAGAAGCAAAAAUAACAUCAGAGAAGGAGAAAGAAAGGAGAUAA